AAGUGGCCCUGGGUCGGCCUCCUUCUUGUCCCCUCAGCCUGCCCGCCCCGAGGCCGGGUCCUCAGCUGGCGGCGGUGGCGGCUGGGCCUGUCGCGGAGCGUUCUCUCUGCCCGAGUCCUGGGCCUGGGGGAACAGAGCGGUGAGGGAGCGACGCCCGGCCUGGCCCAGCCCCGGUCCAGCCCCGGCUUUCCCGGGGCCUGUGACGGUGGCCACAGGCCUCGCCGCGCCCACCCCAGCCUGGGGCGGGGCACGACCUCCCCGCCCGCGUCCCCGCCCCUUCUGCCUGCCCAGCGCCUGGGCAUUCCCUUCAGCCCAGCGGCGGCGUAACCGUCUCGCCCCUCCGGGACUCGGCAGUCCCCUGGCUCCGGCCGCUGGGGAACAUGGAGUUUGCGGAGCUGAUUAAGACCCCACGGGUGGACAAUGUGGUGCUGCACCGGCCUUUCUACCCGGCCGUCGAGGGGACCUUGUGUCUUACUGGCCACCACCUGAUCCUGUCUUCCCGGCAGGACAACACGGAGGAGCUGUGGCUCCUCCAUUCAAACAUCGACGCCAUCGACAAGCGGUUUGUGGGACCACUGGGUACCAUCAUCAUAAAAUGUAAGGAUUUUCGAAUUAUUCAGUUGGAUAUUCCUGGAAUGGAGGAAUGUUUGAAUAUAGCCAGUUCCAUUGAGGCAUUGUCUACCCUGGACUCCAUCACUCUGAUGUACCCUUUCUUUUACCGGCCCAUGUUUGAAGUGAUAGAAGAUGGCUGGCAUUCUUUCCUUCCUGAGCAAGAGUUUGAACUCUACUCUUCAGCUACCAGUGAAUGGAGGUUAAGCUAUGUCAAUAAGGAAUUUGCUGUUUGCCCCUCUUACCCACCAAUUGUCAUAGUGCCCAAAGCCAUCGAUGAUGAAGCUCUUCGGAAGGUAGCUACGUUUCGACAUGGAGGACGCUUCCCAGUACUCAGCUAUUAUCAUAAAAAAAAUGGAAUGGUUAUUAUGCGAAGUGGUCAGCCACUCACUGGCACAAAUGGGAGACGGUGCAAAGAAGAUGAGAAGCUGAUAAAUGCUACCCUCAGGGCAGGAAAGCGUGGCUACAUCAUUGACACCCGACCUCUAAACGUAGCUCAGCAAGCUAGAGCCAAAGGAGGCGGCUUUGAACAAGAAGCUCAUUAUCCCCAGUGGAGGCGGAUUCAUAAGUCCAUUGAGAGGUAUCACAUUCUUCAGGAGAGCUUAAUCAAACUCGUGGAAGCUUGUAAUGACCAAACACAUAACAUGGACCGAUGGCUCAGUAGAUUGGAGGCCUCCAACUGGCUGACUCACAUCAAGGAGAUUCUGACAACUGCCUGUCUGGCAGCUCAGUGUCUCGACAGGGAAGGAGCAUCCAUACUGAUUCAUGGAACAGAAGGAACUGAUUCCACACUCCAGGUUACCUCCCUGGCCCAGAUUAUCUUGGAACCAAGAAGCAGGACCAUCCGGGGCUUUGAGGCCUUGAUAGAGAGAGAGUGGCUUCAGGCUGGUCACCCAUUCCAGCAGCGCUGUGCACAGUCGGCCUAUUGUAAUAGUAAGCAGAAGUGGGAGUCGCCUGUAUUUCUUCUCUUCUUGGACAGUGUGUGGCAGAUACUUCGUCAGUUCCCUUGUUCAUUUGAAUUUAAUGAGAAUCUCCUCAUCAUGCUCUUUGAGCAUGCAUAUGCCUCACAGUUUGGAACAUUUCUGGGCAACAAUGAAAGUGAAAGAUGCAAGUUGAAGCUACAGCAGAAAACGAUGUCUCUAUGGUCUUGGGUCAACCGGCCCAGUGAACUGAGUAAGUUCACCAACCCUCUCUUUGAAGCCAACAAUCUUGUCAUCUGGCCUUCAGUUGCUCCACAGAGUCUUCAGCUGUGGGAGGGUAUUUUUCUGCGUUGGAACAGAUCUUCCAAGUAUUUGGAUGAAGCAUAUGAAGAAAUGGUUAACAUCAUUGAAUAUAACAAGGAAUUACAAGCAAAAGUAAAUAUCCUUAGGCGGCAGUUGGCAGAACUGGAGACUGAAGAUGGGAUGCAGGAGAGUCCCUGAAUUCCAGAUCCCCUGCAGCCCUCGGAGGACCAUCAGGACUGGUAUCCCAUCUCUCUCUCCCUUGCCCUUCAGUUCACUUUCACACAGUAGCCUUAAACUUAAGGCUUUAGAUGUGAGAACCUUCUAAUAUAAUGGACUCCUCAAAACUUUAUGAAUGGAACUUACUAUAAUUAUUCAUGUUUCAUGUGGCCUGUUAGGCCUCUUCACUUUGGGAGCAGGAAGGAGGUGCUAGUCAUUUUAUUUUACAUGAAACAAGUGACCUAUUUAAUGCCAUUUGUGUUAUAUGCCAUUUCACCCUAAGCUUUUCUCUGCAUCCACUUUCCAAACAGUGCUCCAGACCAGUCAAGAAUAUGAUUAAACUCUUAGGGAAUAUAUGUUAGUUUAAAAAAAGGAUCAGACUUUGAAGCACUCCAAAUAUAGAAAUAUUUUUCAAACCUGAAAUGGUUGAGAAACGAAGAAUUUUGUGUUUAACAUACCAUUUCCAAUACCUUUGCCACAUAAAAAAGCCAUUCUCUUUAAAACAGUUUUGGACUGACAGAGCUGAAUCCAUCCUCAUUCUGAUUUGUCAAGAAAACAAAAGCUGAAUAUUUAUUCAAGGUAAAUUAUUUUUACGUAAAGGGCAACAGCUAUAGUCCUCUGAUAUUUACAUUAAGAAGAAGUAAAUUUAUUGUAACAGAUACUAAAAUAUGUGCAAUAUAGAAAUAAAGUAGGAAUUUGUUACUGAUAAGGUAUCUUUAGUGUUGAAUUGGUUUUCAGGGUUUUGACACACAUGUUAAAUGUGUGUCAAAUGCUGGAUGUAAUGUUAAACCGUCAUUUAGAAUAGAUGUUAAUUUGUUAUGAUUAAGCUACAAAUACGGUUUCCUUAAACCAGAGAUGCACCGCCCUUGUCUGAAGUUCUUAUUGCACUGGUUUAUGUAUGGAUAUGUGUGUUUUAUUAUGUUUUGUUUUAUUUUUAAAUAUUCUAAGAGUUCACUAAUACUAAGGUUAAAAUUUUCUUAUUGUCUUGAGCCUUUUGAACAUUUAUCUUGACUGCUGAUAUUUCCAUUAUAUGCUAGGCAAAUAAUAAUUUAAGUGGAGGUGAAAGUUUAUGAACGUGAUGCAGCUAUGUUUUAAACUUCAGAAGCCAAUUUGAAAUGUUUCAAUGUUACAGAAACACUGACGACUAUAUUUAUGUGCUAUGCUGGUUUAUGCCUGCAAUUCUAAAAUUUGUGGUUUGGUGCUUUCCUUAUACAUUUUUGUUUUGUGGCACAGGUCAUUUUAACAGAUACUGUCAAUUCUAGUUUUCCUUUAAAAGGAUAGUUGAAGGGCAGUCUUUAAUACCAUUUCUAUCCCAUCUAUAUAUAACCAUUUCAUUGUAAAACACACCAAAACUGAACCCUGCUUUAGGGCUAUGUAUUGAGUUAAAAUUUUAAUUCUUCAAAAUCAACUGUAGGAAAAUCUAUGGCCACAUUCAGAAGCCUUAAAAAGUGGCAAAUACUUUCUAUCUCCAGCUGCCCAAACUUUUUUUUUUUUCUGUUUCCUCAGACUUUUAGCAAAAGGCUAGACAGCAAUCCACAGAGCUCUCUUUUGGUAAAUUAGUCUGCUUUCUCCUCUAAGCCCAGUUUUAUUCGUGACCUGUUUUGUUGGCUAUAGUUAUGAAUCUUGGGGCAUUAAAGCCCUCACCUAAAGGCUAAUAAGGCAAGGAGCAAAGAAGGUGUACUUUCUUGCUGUAGACAUCUGUGUGAAAUGUCUAUAUUAAUUUUUUAAAAGAGGAAACACCCCAGCAUUUUAUGGAUCCUUAAAAUUGAAGAAGGCGCCUUUUUCUUCUCAGUUAACGGCCCCAUAAGGAAAACCAUAUAGAGAUUUUCUUUUAGUGAUUCUUUAGAAGUGACUCUCACUGGUAAUAUUAAUUGGCCAUAAGGCUUCUGUGGGUGGAAACUUUGGAGGGAUUUUUUAUUAGCUUUGGUCAUGGAGAAAUUGUACGCCAUCAACUUAUAACUGUCUUCCUGAUGAACAUUUUAUAUGUGAGCCAGAUUACAGUAAUAGCAUAGUGUUUCAAUUUCUUUUUCUUUCUCUUAUUGAGACAGCAAUCAUAAGCUGUUUGGACAAGUUUGUGUUUUAGUGUUAAUUUAUAAUUAGGGAUUGUCCAAACCUCAGUUCUGUUUACAGGGUGUAAAAACAAACUUUGGUAUCAAUACAAUUUCAAAGGGGUCAUCUAAUAAGACAAAUACUAAGGUUUCCACAAACCUGAGAACUCUGUCAAAGACAAGUGCUUUAUCAAUAUAAUUUGAAGAGGGUUUUUAGUAAUACUAUUAAGUUACUUAUCCCUUGGAUGAAAAGAAUAAUUACAGUGGAUAUACUUAAGAGAAGCUACUUAUUAAAGGUUAAGUUUGGAGAAUUGUCUUUGAUAAAUAUGGCUUUAAAAACUUUAAUGAAGAGAAUGAUGGCCAAAUUAGUGAGCAUGCAGAUUACCCCAUUACAAGCCAAUAAUAAAGUGAGAUAUAAUCAAGUUCAUGUACAUUAUUGUGAAGGCUGGUUUACAUUUUUGGAAUGCAAAAAGUAAGCCCCACAAAGAAUAUUUUUAAAAUAUUGCUACAGUACAAGGAUCCUUAGAUUUAAAUUAAUAAUUUUUUAAAAAUUAGAGGAACAUAGUUUGUUAUAUAAAAAUGCUGAAACUUUUUGGGUGGUCUAAGACUUCUCAGUAGUUUGACAUUUUUCAUUUUGAUUUUAUUAAAUGGGAAGAAAACAAGCAGAAAUUACAAAAUCUUACAGAUUUAAGACACCUAUAAAUUUGUUUUAUUUGUAAGAAAACUUAGGCCUUUGAAGCAAGUUUUUAAAGUGAUUUUUGGGAAAACUUUGGAAGACGAUAGAUAGUCAUUUAAGAUCCGUAUGGAGAAUUUUAAAACUUUUCUUUGAAUUCUAAAGCCUGAUUUUGUAGAGGUGAUAUGUCACUGCUUUUCAUUUUAAAGGAUGAAAAUUUAGUGAGAUUUUAGUCUUUGAUUCAGUCAGUAUUUAUGUUAAAUAAAAAAGUCAAUAUAUGGAAAAGAUUUGACCAGUAAUUGUCUCUUGAAGUGAAAAACGGGGAACAUUUUGCUGCAUUUAAAAAUAAUCUGCUUAAAGAUAUAACUCUUAAAGUUAUCUGGUUUCAAGAUUAGUUUUGUUUUUUUUGUUGUUGUUGUUGUUUUUGUGGUACGCGGGCCUCUCACUGCUGUGGUCUCUCCCGCUGUGGAGCACAGGCUCUGGACACGCAGGCCCAGCGGCCCACAGGCCCAGCUGCCCCGCGGCACAUGGGAUCCUCCCGGACCGGGGCACGAACCAGCGUCCCCUGCAUUGGCAGGCGGACCCUCAACCACUGCGCCACCAGGGAAGCCCCAAGAUUAGCUGUUUUAAUUGUUAGUCUUAACUAAGUCAUCAGGUUCACUUACUAUCAGACCUUAACCUGAGACACAGUUUUGGUAUUUACCCAUAUCCAGAUUUAAUGAAUUAAAACAACAUGAAUCUAUUAGGAGCACUCUUUAUCAGAGAGGUAUUUCCUGGACAAAAAAUGGGCAAUAUUUAAAACAGUUAGUCCCCUGGUUCUGGAAGCUUUGAAAUUUAUGAAUGAAGUCAUUCAUUCAGUACCUCUGAUACAGGUUUAUCCUAUACCUCAGGACAACAGAGAUUAAUUAUUUCUUAUUCUUUAACAUGGCUCAAAUCUUUCCCCUCCAGAGCUGGUACAAUAUGUUAUUAUAGGUAGUAUUUUUGUGUAAUUCACCAUCUUAACAAAAAACAGUAAAAGACUGGUUUCUACAUUAAUAUCUAUUCUCAGAUGGUAUGAAAUGCUAAUUUUUGUUUUCUUGAAUAAAACAACUUCUGCCUUCACUCAGUCCUUAUAAUCUAGUGUCCACAGCAUUUUCUUCCUUUAAACCAAAAGCCCAGAAGAGACCUUCUGAAACUCUAGGGCUAGGUUUUAGAAAGUCUGAACUUGUAAUCUAAAUUCCCUUUAAAAUAAACUAAUGUCCUAUUUUUGAACUGCAGUGCAGAACUGUAGUUUCUGCUUAAUUAAUGAAAAAUAACGGGGCUCACUGCAGACACUACAUUGUCGUGGAAAAUACUUCAUGAUGAGAGCUUACUGUCUUCUAGGGCCAUUCUGUUUAUCUGUGAGUAUACAGAUUAAAUAUAUUUGUGAUUUAUAAUAAAAACAAGUUGUGCAACACUGCCUGUGUCUCUCUGCCCAAGACAUUUGCUUCACUUUUUCAAAUGCAUGUAUUUUUGGAGAGGUGGAUUAUUCUACACAAACACACCCUGAGUUCUGCUUUUUAGAAUCCUUAUAGAUCUAUUAUCAUCUACACUGAAAGUGUUGUACUUGCACAACUUAGUU